AUUCCAUCCCGCUCCAAUUGAACCCUCCGCUCGACACAACAACCACACCCUCCAUCAGUUCCACUGCAUAGAUCUCUACAACCCUCGGCCCAUUCCGCCUCUACUCCGCCCAGUCCUCCAUACCUCAAGCAAUCCCAAUCUCCCACCUCAACCCCCCACGGCCCUCACCUCCUCCGAUCCAAGAGAACAAGAAAUCAAUGCUUCUCCGCACCACCCGCCUCCCAGGCCUCCUCCUCCGACCUACCAGCUGCAGCCGCCAGUUCUUCUCAACCACCGCCACCGCCACCGCCAAAAUGACCUCCAACACGCCAGUCGAAGACCUCAUCCGCGAAAAGGUGAGUCGCCCUUCCCCCGAGCCAACCGUGCCUGGCACCCCAAAACCUCCAACCUCAAAUCAGCCCACCAGAAUCCAAUCCCCAAUCCCCCGGAACCCAACCCAACCCACCCACACUAACGGUAUAUCCCGCGAACAGCUAACAACAGCCUUCACGCCCACCACCCUCUUGAUCCGCAACGACUCGCACAAACACGCCCACCACGCGCCCAUGCGCGACUCCACCUCCAAGGAAACCCAUUUCCACGUAACAAUCACCUCCUCGUCCUUCGCCUCGAAACCCCAACCCGCGCGACACCGGAUGGUCUACAGCUUGUUAAAGGAGGAGAUGAGUCGGGAGGGCGGGAUCCAUGCGCUGCAGUUGCGGACGAAGACGCCGGAGGAGGAGGGGCGGGAGCGGGAGAGGGCGGCGGCGCAGUAACUUUCCUAUCAGCAGCAUUGUUUAUGAAUAUACAUCAUUGGGACGGUUCAAUUCGGAGGUAGGUAGGGUUGGCGGGUGGGGGUUUCGCAAUAACAUAAUUUCCAGUAUGCACAUACUCUCGCAUGCUAGACAUACAUGCAUGGAACAUUUGAUCAGUCAACGAAUCUACUUACAACAG